AUGCGCACCUCUUCUGUCGCCGUCCUCGCCGUUGCUCUCGCAGCUUCCACCCUUGCGGCCCCUGUUAACCUGGAACAAGACGCGGCCGGUCUGGAGGCGCGGGCUGAUUUCGCCAAAGUUGAGCAUACGGUCGCCCACCACGUCGACGAGAACGCCGGCGUUUACAAUACUAUUGCCAAUGGAGCGAUGAAUGUUAUCAACAGUCGCUCAAUCGAUGAUGAAGCAGCUCCCGAACUCACGGAGCGUGAGUUCCAGGAGCUUGUCGGGCGUAACUGGCUCACCGGCAUGGGCAAACGGAUAUUCAGACCGCGUCACGCAAUCGUAAACCACCUCCAGGAGAACCAAGAGCAAAACCAGGAGCGGUCCCUUGACGAUGAGAUGGAACUUGACGAACGUGAUCUGGAGGAGCUCGACCAGCUUGAACCGCGCCUCUUCGGCUUCAUAAAGAGGUUACGUAACAAGAUUUUUGGAGGCAACAGCAACAACAUCCAGAACAACAAUCAGAAUUAUAAUCAGGAAUACCAGAAGCGGUCCCUUGACGAUGAGAUGGAACUAGACGGACGUGAUCUGGAAGAGUUCGACCAGCUCGAACCGCGGCUCUUCGGAUUCGUCAAGAGGAUCGGUCACAGGUUUUUCGGAUCCGGGGUUGGCCAUUCAAAUAACAACCAGGAAUAUACGCAGAAAAGAUCGUUGGAGGAUGUCGAGCAGCUGAACGCGCGAGACCUGGAGGACCUUCUGGAGCUCGACGAGCGCGAGAUUGACGAAUUCCUGGAUAGCUUUGAUGAACGUGGCAUUGAAGCUCUUGCCAGCAGAAUGCUUCAUCAUCACAAUGCCAAGAAGGCGGCGGCGGCGGCGGCGGCGGCGGAGACGGAGGUUGAUAACAACCAGCAGGCUCAGCCUCAGCCUCAGCCUCAGCCUCAACCUCGCUCGCUAGAGGACAUCGAUGAUGAAAUUGACUUAUCCGCUCGGUCGAUGCCGGAGGAGGAGCUCGAUUUCGAACCGUUCAGUGCCCGCAGCGUUCCUGAGGACGAGCUCGAGUGGACCGUGGACAUGCGAGAUGUAGAGGGGGAGGAGAACCUUGUGGAGCGCAACAAAGCUGGCCAAGUCUUCAGCAAGGUGCUCAAUAUCAUUUAAUGAUUUGGGCAACUUCCACGCCUUUCGCAUUGGUACAUCGGCAUAAUU